AUGGACGAUUUUCUGGCAGCAGUUGGCGCCCAGGCCAUGAGAUACGCCAUACGGUCUGGCAUUGCCUUGACGUCCUCUUAUGCCAUCAACCAAUGCUCUCGCCUGCUAAAGGCGGUCGAUGACAAAAGUCUCCAUUCCGAGCUCAGGUUGCUCCAAAAACAGCUGCAUGGCAAAAUUAAGAUUAUCUCUCCUGCGAUUGACCUUAUUGAGUUCAAAUCUGGGCGAGGAAACGUCUUUCUUGAGUCGGCUCUGCCUCUCGCAAAAUCUCUUCACCAGCAAAUCGUUUCUUUGGGCCGUCGUGUGGAGGGCGCCGCAGCAGUCGAGGAACAUAAUCACGAUGUAGGAGAGAAUCCACAAACCAAAGAGACUAACCAUGAUGCAUUGAAGAGGGUAAUUACAGAUAUGAAAAAUCUUCUAGCUGAGAUUGACAGGGAAAUUCCUCUUUUGCAGUUGGCUAUCUCAGCAUCUGGCGAAAGCCUAUCUACUUCACUCCCUGCUGGAAUAUCUCCUUCUCGACUGUUGCAGGCUAGUACUCUCUUGACUGUUGGAGAUACGCAGCAUGCACAGGAUCCUCGAAAAUCUGUACAAAUUGGGCCUUCAUUUACGCUGUCUGUAUACAUGCUAUUCCUGGGGCACGCAUCUGUAUCGUCUGCACCUAGACAUGAAAAGUCAAAAUCGAGUUCGGGAAGCAGUAAUCACCAAAGUAGCUCGAAAAUCACAGACAAAUUCCCAGUCUAUGGCUUGGGCGAGCACGAUAGAAAGCCUGUAUGGCAGGAGGCAAUACACAAGGCCCGGGUGAGGUUAUGCAGGUCAGCAUGCAGCCCAGCCAUUGAUGAACAAGGCUUCAAUGAAGACACCUACAACGCAUCUAACCUUGAGGCCGGCCUAAAUUAUGCCUAUCACCUCGAAAUCAUCGAAGAUUUGGACGAUGGGCGGGCUCAUGAAGGCGCCGCCUCGGCACAAGCAUACAACGGCGUCUCAAAAGCCGGCAUUCGUGAACAAAUUCCGAUCUAUCAACUUGCCAAAAUAUUCUACACGGAUACUGGUAGAAUGCUCAAUAUUGGAGAUGGAACUGAGGGAGAAAACAACCCAGUUCUGCUCCUCAAACGAGACAUCAAUGCAUCUCAGCUGCCAAAACAAGACCCUGAGAGGUAUGGAGAUGUAGAUAACUCUACGAAUGACGAUAGCGGUAGCCAACUAGGAGCAAACGAAGAUGAUCAAGCCGAUGUAGACCGGCAGCUAUUCGGAGAGUCGAAAGAGAAGCGGUUGUCUUUAAGAAGCUCCAAGGAUGCUGAAGAGAGCUGCAUCACCGCCUUCCCUAAACAUCUGGAUCCCGAAUGGAUAGCCUUUGAGGUGUUCGAGGAAGAUGACGAUCAGAGCGAUACGAGUUCCAUCUCCGGCCUUAACGCGGACUCAUCCGAUGAGCUCGAUGGACGCGGCAAUUCACCAGAGAAAACGCCAUCACGGCUUCGCGCAGCCCUAGACUCGAGUUUGGUCUCUCAGAUCAAGAAUCUGUCCGUUCAGCCUAAUUCACGCAAUACUCUCACCUUGAGCUAUUCAGAUCCUAGCCUUGGUCGGCCAUCGCGAGAGCUAGCAGCAGAUUCGGCAAGAGAAGCGCAGGAUUUCGUUUCGCGGUCACCGUUUGGCACUAUCACGACGUCGCUCUCCCUAAUUGAGAUGCUCAUUCGGCUCGCUGGCCUUCAGGAAUUCCAACAGGCGUCCCAUUUGUCAAUUCCAGACCAUAUCUUGACGUUUUUCUUGGAGGAGACAUCGACGACUGGGUUGACAGGCGAGGCUAUGUGGAGGGCUAGGAGUGCAACAAAACGGCGGGUAGGGUUUGACCCGUACACUGAUACAGCAUAA